UUCUGGCUGGCUGGAAGGUAGGUCAGUCAGUUACCAAUUUUACUAUUUUUCACCAAAGAUUUUAAGCACAAGCAUCAGUUUAACAGCCACGAAUACUAUAGUGAUUUAGUUGUUCUUCUUCAGACUUUAAAUUACUAACUUCCUGAAUUACACCAAGUCGAACAGACCUUUGUAAACUCAAUGGUUUUAUCAGCUUUGGGUUCGCCCUAAGGAUUCACCAUGAGUAAACCAGACUUAGAACAGCUUGUUGGAAAGAAUCAAUCUAUUAAGAUUGUCCCAUCCAUAGAAGAUUCUUUGUGUGCAUUAGGACUGAAUGUGAAUUUGGAUGACAAUACUCUAUUCUGGUAUCAACAGUUAAAAACCACUUGGAAGACAUGGAAGAAAACCGCGACUCUCGAAAAUCACGUUGAACUGUUCUUCGAACACGUUCUAGAUCCAUUCAGAGUUGGUUUAGUGUUUGUUAUUAAAAGUGAAGAUGUCAAAGAUUGCAAGCAAAAGACCUUGCCAUAUUUCAUUAUAGAAACCCUUCAAAAAUGGUCAAUUGGAAGGGGUAAAACUCCGGACGAUUCCUUAAAACUGCCAGCAUUUCAUGUAGCUAUACAGCAAAGAAGUAAUAAUUUUCUUAACUUGCUUAUUAAAACCUAUCAUGUUCCAACAAUCAAAGGAAUCAUAAUUCCUGUAGUGAAAGAUAUGAUCAAAAAUGAUAAUUGCAAAUUGGCAUCCCAAGUUGUUAUAGCUAUGGAUUUAUCUGAAGAUAUCCCAGUUGAAGAGUUGCUUUUCCCACUAAUUUUACAAGAUAAGACAAAUAUAAUUGACGAGUACUUGACUGAGUGCCCUAGUCAAGUACAUAAACUAUUGCAAUACUUGGACAACUUACUUGAUAAAAGAAUAAAUUUGAGGGAAUUUGCACAAAAAUAUAUUGUGGAAAAUAAAAUUUGUCAUGUAAAAUAUGAAAAAAUACAUUACAAGCCACUUGGAAAAUUGGUAGCUAGGCUUUGCAACAAAUUUAAUAUUCCAAUUGAAAGUUGCAAGAAUCUCAGUAAAAACCGAACUACAGGUGGUCUAAGGUAUUUAAUUCACCAAAAAUAUCAGGAGCAUAAUGUUAGCUCUUCUGUAUGGGAUGACCUAGUGAAAGAUUCCCUGAGACAAAAUGCAGGAUCUGCUCAAGAGUUCAUUGACAUGUUGAUGGAUUAUGACAAAAACGAAGCCCGUAAAUGGGCUGAUUACUUAAAUAUACCAGCAGACAACUUACCAUUGGCAUUAAGAGAAAUGACUAUAAACGAAGAACCAGUUGAAGAAAAUUGGGAUACAGUAGAGAACAGCACACUUGAAUAUUAUAAGUUAUCUUUACCUGAAGAACAUGUGGUAUUAAUAGAUACUGGUGAAAAGUUUUAUGAUCUGAUGACAUUACUAAGCCAAUGUAGUCUCGUAAGUAUUGACUGUGAAUGGAAACCCUCCUUUGGAGCCAAGCAAUCUCAAGUUGCCUUAAUUCAAGUGGCUACAUACACUCACAUUUAUCUCAUUGAUGCUUUACUGUUAAACAGUCAAUCUUAUUCUAGUUUCUGGUAUACUUUUUACAAAACAUUCUUAGACAACGCUGAAAUAAUAAAACUAGGUUUUGGACUUGAACAAGAUUUAAAAGAAAUGAAGGCAUCUGUUAUUAGCUUAGGAAAUAUCAAAGUAAAAGGUGAAGGAUUGUUAGACCUGUCCACACUUUGGAGAAAUCUCCUUAACAGUGGUCUAUCUGUGCCAAAUUGUGAUGAGCAAACCGGCAAUAGCCUAAGCAAUUUGGUUCAAUCUUGUUUUGGAUUGCCUCUUGAAAAAUCAGAACAGUGUUCAAACUGGGAACUGAGACCUCUACGUAAAACCCAAAUACUUUAUGCUGCUUUAGAUGCUUACGUAUUAGUAGAAGUAUACAGAUAUCUCCAAAAUUUGUGUGUGGAGCAAGGUAUAAAUUUUGAAGAAAUUUGCAAUGUAGCAAUGCAAGAACCAAAGAAGAAAUCACUGAAGAAAGUCAAAGUUUAUGAGAAAACAUCUCCAUUCAUGCCAAGUAUCCAUUCAAGAACCACUAAUGAAGUAAAGGUACUAAUUGAACCAAAAAUAUCCCAUCUAAUGGCUUACUUAAGAUAUUGUGGAAUAGAUACAACAGUAUUUCCUGAAACAAUGUUAUGGUGUGAUGUCGUUAACUUGGCAACAAGCGAAGAGAGGUACAUUUUGUUGACGAAACAUAGGGGCACCCCUGAUGUGAAUUUUCCUCAAAGCUCAAUAAUUAAUGUGGGUAAAGGAAUUGUCGUAGAUCAACUACAAAUAGUAUUUAAUUCUUUAAAUGUAGGUAUUAAGCAAAGUGAUCUUUUCAAGUUUUGUAUUAAAUGUAAUGAUAAAGAAUUAACUAAGUUAAGUCCAAAUGAAGUCCAAGCUAUUUGUAAGGAAUAUCAAGCUUCUAGAGCGAAUUAUAGUUCUUACCCAAAUAACCACCGUAGUGACUAUGAUGACGAUAUUGACGAGUUGGAUAAUUUUCUGAGUGACUCAGAUUGUGACGAAGAUCUAUACAAAGUUGUAAAUGUCAUAAAACCAAACAAUAUCUCUUAUAAAACCAAAAAAGGGGCAUUAAUCCAAAUUGAAAAUGUUAAUUCACCAUCAAACAAACCAGGAUUAUUGUGUGAAAGUUGUGGGACAUUGUUUAGAGAUAGUGAUGAACUAUCAAAAUCUGUAAGUGACACAAUACUUAGUAUAACAAAACUUUCCUUUUGGUAAAU